CGUCUGCAUGGCCUAAGCUGUGUUUGCCAGAGCUUAUUACAUUUCAUUUUAUGUCUUUUACGUGGAAGGCGAUGUCUUUUAACUUAAAUUUAUUGACAACAUAAAAAGACAGUCUGUGCAUCGUGCGCUCCUCCCGUCUGGCCUGUGCUCUGUGCACACACAAUUACACAGUCUGAACCAAUCACAUGCAGACGCCACUCGACUCCUCACACAAACACAGCAGCUGCUGCAGCUGCAACACUGAAGCAGGAAAGGUCCUGACUUGCUUUUUGUGCUUGUUUUAUUCUACAGGUAAGAAGGGAUUUCAUUAUAAUCUGUCAUUUAAGAGUCACACGAGUUCAUGAUGUUUUAAAACUUGAGUCGUGUUGCAGAAUUUGUAAAGAAAACACAGGAAAAGUCAUUUUAAUUGCUUUUUUUUCCCAGAUUAAAUAUGAUUUUUUUAAAAGUGAUCUUGAACGUGUUUGUGACUCUGCUCCUGCUGACAAGUCCAGCUUCUGCUGAGGAGAGAGUGCCUUGGCAAAGUCUGUGGGGAAAAGUGGCGAACUUCUCCUCUGGAUGCAGUCACUGGAGACUGAAGCCUCAGGUCUCCAUUCCUGCUCUGCAGGAGUUCACCGUCUGUCUCAGCGUGAAGCUCGAGGCUCAGACCUCCUCACAGUGGACCUUUUUUAUGUACCGCCACCCGGAGGCUCAGUACGCUGAGCUGGGCUUGGGGGGUAAAUGGGGUAAAUUAGUGGUUUGGCUGUUUGGAGAGGAGUGGCUGAGCUCACAGAUGGACCUCCAGCUGUUUCAGUGGUACUCCGUGUGUGUCAGCUGGUCUCAUAGGAAUGACAGACCUGCCCUUUACAUUAAUGGAGACCAGAUCAACCUCACAUCAGCUUACAACACCAACACACCUUUUAUUUCCCCUCUGAUCUGGAAACUGUCUCCUAACGGAUCGCUGACUCUGGGCGCGGGACACAUCAUCACCAAUGGGAAUAUUAAAAUCCUUCCUUUUACCACUCUGUUGGGCAAAUUAUCCUUGUUUCGAAUAUGGAGCAGAGAACGCAGUAAAGAGGAAGUGACAUCCCUGAAUUGUACAGAAGGGGACCUGGUCAAGUGGGAGAAGGCCCACUGGGACAUGUCGUACUGCGGUCCGCUCAUUGACACCAGCCUCAAGUGUGAAUGGUCCAAAUAUGAGAUAAAUCUAAUGUUUGCGAUAAUAGACCAUGAUGGCACCACAGAGGACUACACAGCCAGAGAUAUCGCACAUUACUGGCUCAGAACUGUUUUGCCCUCCAGCGUCUAUUUACCCAGAGUGUCUGUGUUUGAAAUAUACAGAUCCAGCACAGAAAACCACAUAAAAACAUCCUCUAAAGACAUGAUGAUGCGGUGGGCUCCAGAAAAUAUCACCAGGUUUCACUGCCUGGCUCAUGUUAAUAUAAUUCCCAAAAAAGAUGUUGCAGCUGCCCAGAAUGACAUGUACAAGUACCUUAACAGCCCCUACAACAGCCCCAGUGGGCAGCUGCAGCUGCUCCUUGAUAACACCAGCAUCCAGACCACGCCACUCGAGAAUUUUUUCCCUACGACCACGAGUCCUCCCACUCUGACGACGGGUUCCAUUCCCGUCAAAACCACUACGUCAGGCUCUUCCCCCAGCACCACGCUGAAGAUUACUACCAGUGUGAUGGUUUUUCCCAGUAAAGCCACAGACGUCCCCUUCACCACAAGCCCUGCAACCACCUCUGAUGAACUGUACUUUGAGGUGAAGGUGAAUGUGUCCAUCACAGGAAACUGUAACCCGCAACAGAUUCUUCCAAUCUGGCUGAACACCAGUCUACCCAGUGGCCUGGUGGUGCUAGACCUACAGCUGCUCCUCAAAGUCCAAAGACGCCAGCGUGACCUGCUGCUUUAUAACUCUGCUUCAAAUAAAGGGUCUGCAGUCAGCAUUUCAAGAGAGAGCUUCAUUUUCCAGGUCCAAGUCUUGAUGCCCCUGUCAGACAUGGAAAUAGAAGAAAAAAUAAGGCAGCAUCUACUUAAGCCUUUCGACUAUGAAUCUGUCUCCAUAGCAACCGAGGACAUACAGAUAAGUCGCAUUUUGAUAUUCAGAUGUAACGGAGACACCCAGCACACUCUAAAGGGUCAGUUCAGAUGGCCGGACACUUUAGGAGGGAAAAACGCCACGCUCACAUGCCCAAAAAACCCCAGUAGUUCCGCCACCCGGCACUGCAAACUGUGUGGCUCAACCAACUGGAUGGAUCCAGACCUGGAGGACUGCUCUCCAUUGGUGGAAACCAUCCCUGACCUGGACCAUGUGGACGUCACCCCUGAUAAUGCUCUGGGUGUGGUGGAGACGAUCGAGGACCUACUGAGAAACCACUCCACUCUCCUCUACGAUGAGCUGGUGACAGUCCUCAACAAACUGAAAGACAUAAUUAACGUCAGCGUGGUCACGCCGAACCUCGGCCAGGCUCUCAUCAACAUCAUCUCAGACAUCCUGGAAUCUGACAGCAACCUGGCACCUUUUACCAACACUAUUUUAAACAUUACCGAGUCGGUGGGAGACAGUAUGGUGGGAUACGAGGGCUCAUCCACCCUAGUUGCUGAAACUGUUGCGAUCUCUGUGGUGGAUGUGCAUCCUGGAGAGUUUGACAGCUUAAGUUUUGGAGUUCUGACGGACCGGACCGGCGCAAAACCAGAGAUUUUUAUCAACAAGUAUCCCUUCAAUGGCACAGUGGCGUUCAUCUCUCUGCCAGCUGUCCUUCAACAGAACUUCCCAGAACACGGCCAGAACCCACCAAGAAUCCAGUUUCAGUUCUACGGCAACUCGCUCCUCUUCAAGGGCAGCAGACCAGGUCAGAUCCUCAACACGUUUGUGGUGUCAGCCAGCGUGACCAACGCCAGCUCACCAAUCACAGACCUCUCUGAAGAGAUCAAAGUCACGCUCCUCCAUCUCUGCCCCAACAUGUUGGGGAAGGAGGUGGAGUGUGUGUACUGGAACUUCAAUAAGAACAAUGGACACGGAGGCUGGGACAAUCAUGGCUGCCGAGAAUACAACAGCAGCUCUGACUACACAACCUGCGUGUGUGAUCAUCUCACACACUUUGGAAUUCUGUUGGAUGUCUCCCGGACUCAGGUAGACCCAGUUCAUGAGCAGAUCCUGACCAUUGUCACAUACGUAGGAUGCGGAGUCUCGUCGUUGUUCCUGGGAAUCACUGUUCUCACUUAUACAGCUUUUGAAAAGCUCCGUAGAGAUUACCCCUCCCAGAUCCUAAUCCACCUCUCUCUGGCCCUGCUUGGUUUGAACCUGGUAUUCCUAGUCAACUCCUGGCUGUCCUCCUGGGGUGUGUAUGGCCUGUGUGUGGCAGUGGCAUCCACCUUGCACUACUUCCUCCUGGCGUCAUUCACCUGGAUGGGAUUGGAGGCAGUCAACAUGUAUUUUGCCCUCAUUAAAGUAUUUAACGUCUACGUGCCCUCGUACAUCCUCAAGUUCUGCUUUCUGGGAUGGGGGAUCCCUCUGGUCAUCUGUGUCAUGGUGCUGAUUGUGAACAGAGAGGCAUACGGCGGUCACCACACACACGCACGCUCCACUUUCCAGCCGCUGGACAACUCUGACAGCUUCUGCUGGCUCCAGGACGAUCUGACAUUUUAUGUAUCUGUCGUUGCAUUCGCAGCUUUGAUUUUCCUCUUCAACAUUGGGAUCUUUGUAGUGGUUCUCAUUCAGAUUCGCCACAUGCGAGUCAAUAGCCCUGCAGGAACCCAAAGAGGUCUUCUUCAAGACCUAAAGGGAGCUGCCAGUCUCACCUUUCUACUUGGACUAACGUGGACGGUUGGCUUCUUCACCUGGGGACCAGCAAGGAUAGUUCUUCUGUACCUGUUCUCUGUACUGAACACACUACAAGGUCUUUUUGUGUUCCUGUUCCACUGUCUAAUGAGGGAAAACGUCAGGAGACAGUGGAGAACUCACCUUUGCUUUGGACGAUAUCGACUUGACGAGCACUCUGGUACAAUCUACCUACCAUGUCACUUCAGCCACUGCUUUGGUUCAUCUUGUAUAGCUAGAGUUUGUUAUGAUGAGAAUUAUUUAAAUCCUGGCUCGAUUUCUGCUACUGGCAUCUUUGUUCAGAAUGGAGCAACUCGGCAUCAAUGGGAGCACUUCCAAAACCCAAAGAAAAGGCUCCAAGAGCAGCAAUACCGUCUGUGCGCUCUGUCAAGUCCAACUCCACAGAAAGCACUUCAGCUUCUUCAGACUCCAGCCGCAGAGACUCGUCCUGCAGGAGACCGUACCUGGGUCUUUUUGUGAACAGCCUGGUUCUUCCUCGAGCCCAGAAGGGGCCCUCGGAUGCAGGAUGUCUGCCUUCCUUCAGGCCAACAAACCCAACACCUGGCUGAAGGAAUCACUUGCUAAAUGACCGAGGACAACAUUAACCAUUUAGAUCAAAUCAGUGGCAUAGCACCAGCUUCAUUAGAUAAUUAUUUGAUGCAGUUCAAUUGUUGAUUCUGUUUUUGCUAAAUAUUGUAAAAGAGCCUGUAAUUGUGAAGACAUGAGCAGUUGCAUCAGUUCCAAGGAGGAGUUGGUUGCCAAGCAACUGGUGAGGCAAGCGAUGGUGACAAUGAACUGUGGCACAUUUGGUGGAAAAUAAAAUAUAUAUAUAUAUAUAUAUAAUACAUUUGCAAAUUAAAAAUGAGGUCCCUCA